GUCAUUUCUCACAACAUGGAUAAAGCACUGAAAGAAGUAUUUGACUACAGCUAUAGAGAUUACAUCUUGUCCUGGUAUGGGCAACUCAGCAGAGAUGAAGGGCAGCUGUACCAGCUACUAUCUGAAGAUUUCUGGGAGAUUGCCAAGCAGCUGCGACAGAGGCUGAGUCACAUUGAUGUAGUUAAAGUUGUCUGCAAUGAUGUAGUGAAAGCUGUACUCUCACACUUCUGUGACCUUAAAGGAGCCAACGCCAGGCAGGAAGAACCACCAAGACCUUUUUUGCUGCACCCAUGUUUGAGGAGCUCUGAUGAAGAAGUAAGAUUCCUGCAAAAAUGUUCUCAAAUUCUGGUGUGUUGUCUCCUACCCUCAAAGGAUGUCCAGUCUGUCAGCUUGCGCAUUGUCCUUGCAGAAAUACUUGCAACAAAAGUACUGAAACCAGUGGUGGAACUGCUGAGUGAUCCAGAUUACAUUAACCAAAUGCUACUCAGCCAGCUGGAGUACAGAGAACAGAUGAAUGAGCAUCAGAAGAAAGACUACACAUAUGCUCCUUCAUAUGAGGAGUUCAUCAAGCUCAUUAACAGCAGCUCUGAUGUUGAGUUCCUGAAACAACUGAGGUAUCAGAUUGUAGUGGAAAUAGUUCAGGCAACCACAAUCAGCAAUAUUCCCCAAGUGAAGAGGCAGAAAGAUUCAAAAGGAAAAGAAACUGCGGCAAUGAAAGCUGACCUGCUGAGGGCUCGCAAUGUGAAGAGGUAUAUUAAUCAGCUGACAGUAGCAAAGAAGCAGUGUGAGAAGAGAAUAAGACUCCUGGGAGGACCUGCUUAUGAUCAGCAUGAAGAUGGCAUUUCUGAUGAAGGUGAUGGCCUUCAGAGUCAAAAGAUUCUUCAGUUUGAUGAAAUUUUGUCCAACCCUUCAUACCGAGAGCACUUCCGAAUCUACAUGGAAAGGAUGGACAAGAUGGCGUUGAUUGGACUUUGGGAGGCUGUGGAGUAUCUGAAGAAUGCUAACAAGGCUGAAAUACCUCAACUAGUGAGUGAAAUUUAUCAGAAUUUUUUUGUGGAAAGCAGAGAAAUACCUGUGGAAAAAUGCCUUUAUAAAGAAAUACAGCAAUGUCUUGUGGGAAAUAAAGGCAUUGAAGUAUUCUACAGGAUUCAGGCAGAUGUUUAUGAAACUCUAAAGGACAGAUACUACCCCUCAUUCAUUGUCAGUGAUUUAUAUGAGAAAUCAGUCAAGAAGGAGGAAGAAAGAAGUUCUUCUCAGCUAACUCCUGAAGACAAAGAUGAAGUGAGCCAAGGUUGUGAAGAAGCUACUGAAGAAUGCACCACAAGAAUUAAUGAGCAGGCCAGUUAUGCUGUAAAUAAACUUCGUGAGCUAAAUGACAAGCUUGAAUAUAAGAAACAGGCUCUAAAUUCCAUAUGUAAUUCACCAAAACCCGACAAAAAGAUUGUUUCAAAGCUGAAGGAUGAAAUUACUCUGAUGGAGAGAGAGCACAGCGACCUUCAGCUACACAUUGCAAGAACAGACUGGUGGUGUGAGAAUCUUGGCAUGUGGAAAGCCUUAAUUGUUUCAGGAGAGGUUUUAGAAGAGAAUGGUGAACAAGUGCCCUGUUACUCUGUCAUGGUGAGUUUACAAGAAGUUGGUGGAGCUGAAACUAAGAACUGGACUGUUCCUAGGAAGCUGAGUGAGUUUCAGAACCUACACCGAAAACUCAGUGAGUGUUUUCCAUUAUUGAAGAAAGUUCAGUUGCCUUCCCUCAGCAAGCUGCCCUUCAAAUCCAUAGACCAGAAAUUUAUGGAGAAAUCCAAGAACCAGCUUAAUAACUUUCUACAGAAAUUGCUCUCUGAUGAAAGACUCUGCCAGAGUGAAGCACUUUAUGCCUUCUUGAGCCCUUCCCCAGAGCACCUGAAAGUUAUUGAUGUGCAAGGAAAGAAAUCAUCUUUUUCACUCUCCUCAUUUCUAGAGCGACUUCCUGGUGACUUGUUUUCUCAUCAGGAGGAAGAAACAGAAGAAGACAGUGACCUGUCAGACUAUGGAGAAGAGGUGGAUGGGAAAAGGGACUCUCUUGCUGAACCGUGUUUCAUGCUAAUUGGAGAGAUUUUUGAGCUGCGAGGAAUGUUCAAGUGGGUCAGAAAAACCUUAAUUGCACUAGUACAAGUCACUUUUGGAAGAACUAUCAACAAGCAAAUCCGUGACACUGUCCACUGGAUGUUCAGUGAACCAAUGCUUGUUUACUACAUCGGUGUGUUUCGAGAUGCUUUUUGGCCAAAUGGGAAGUUAGCACCACCACUGAGAGCCAAGAGCGAUGAACAAAAGCAAGAGACAAAACAGAGAGCACAGCAAAAACUACUUGAAAACAUUCCAGAUACUCUGCAGAGUCUUGUUGGACAACAAAAUGCCCGUCAUGGCGUAGUGAAAGUGUUCAAUGCAUUGCAAGAAAGAAAGGCUAACAAGCAUCUACUCUAUGUUUUGCUGGAACUGCUGCUAACUGAACUGUGUCCUGAGCUAAGAGCUCAUUUAGAGCAGCUUAAUGCCACUUAG